AUGGAUACUGUAAAGUAUUUGAUAAAAGUUGACAUUCACGAGGUCAAGGAUGUGAUUUUUAGAGAGCCUGGGACCGAGCGGAAUAUUGUCCCUAAUCUUUACUUGACGGUGACAGUUGGCUCUGCAACUUACUCUACGAUACAGCGCAAUGAAGCAUCCAACGCCAUCUUCAACUCCAGCUUCAACUUUACGCUGGAUCUCACACCUCUGGAAUUCCAACGGACGAGGAUCAUCAUUUCUUUGCAUCACAAGUACACGAUUCAGAGCGGAGACAUUGGAUACCAUGCGUUUAGCCUGCCGCUGAUCUACUCGAAACAGCAACACUGCAUCAACAGGUCAUGGGUCAAGGUCUUCUCGCCAGUGUAUCCCUCUCAUCACGUGGUAAGUUUGGGUUUCUAUUCUUGA